AUGGAAAACUCUUCCCUCCCCAGGACCAAUUCCUCAUGUGCAGACUGCACUGAGACAGAGGAUGGGGGUCUGAAUAUGUCCACUCCCACACCAAGACCCAGCUUCUGCCUUACAGUGCCAGUCAUGUACUUAGUCAUAUAUGCUGUGGGGCUAAUAGGCAACACCACUGUCAUCUAUUUAAUCCUCAAAGCCCCAAAGAUGAAAAUGGUCACCAACAUCUUCAUCUUCAACCAUGAUGAGCUCUUUGCUUUGGUGCUAUCCAUGAACAUUGCUGACUGCCUGCUCCUGCAGUGGCCAUUUAGAGAAUUCAUGUGCAACCUCAUUAUCUCCAUAGACCAGUACAAGUCCUCCAGCAUCUACUUCCUCACUGUCAUGAGCAUUGACUGCUACCUGGUUGUGGUAGACACCACCAAGUCCAGGAAGAUGUCCUACUGCACCUACCAAGCAGCCAAGAUAGUGAGCCUCUGAGUCUGGCCUUUUGUCACAGUUAUCAUCCUGCCCUUCACUGUCUUUGCUAAGAUGUACCAGGAGCAGGGGUGCUCCCAGUGUGUCUUCAUGUUCCUGCAGCCUGAGAGUGUGUGGCGGAAAGGCUUUUCCAUCCCAGUGUCCACCAUAUGCAUCCUCUACACCACCAUGCUGUGCAGACUGAGACAUGUGCACCUUCAUUGCAAUGCAAAAGCCCUGGACAAAGCCAAAAAGAAGAUGACACUGAUGGUGGUUGUCAUCCUGCCUGUGUGCCUGUUCUGCUGGGUGCCUUAUCACCUUAGCACAGUUGUAUCUCUGAGACGCUCAACUGAUAUUAUCAGUAGGUUACAAGAACCAUCUGACUUGCAUUUCAUUUUUAUCUAG